GUUUAUUUUUACUUUUGUCAUUUUAUUAAUGAUGUAAUACAUACGUUCUAAAUAGCAGAUCGCACUCUUCGCUGAGCGGGGAAGUAGACUACAUGGUAGUUGGAGAACCAUGGACCCCAGAGCAUUGUGUGAGGAAACCGACUACAAAAGUGUAGUGCCUUCCUUUCCAUCUGACUCUGACUUGGAGGAGGACACAGACACAGCUGGAUGUGGAGGACUCAGGGAGCAUGACUGGGAGGUCAAGUCCCCAGAGCCAGGAAGAAUUGGAGAGGACAGGACAGACUCAGAGUCCAGCUCACCUGUAGAUGUCCUCAUCACAACAAACAGCAAACACUUACCUGAUGAACUGGCCAGUACUAACAUACAAGAUGGCUCCCAUGUUGUCAAAUGGACUGUCAGCAUUGCAAUCGCCAUUCCUAAAGGUGAGGACUCCGGGCCGCUAGGGGAGCCGGUGUUGUUAGUGGAGAAGGCUAAGAAGACCCAUGUUCAGUCUAGUGGGGUGGUGGAGGCCCCCAAGGCCCUGGGCUAUUACCACAUAGAAUAUAAUCUGUUGCCUGGCAACCAGGAGCCCACGAAAGUAGACCUGGUCAUGUUUGGUGUUGCUGCUAAGAUGUACACGGAGAGUGAAACCAAGGUGUUGAAGCCAUGGCACGAUGGUGACCAGCUGUGGCUUGGCUGGUCUCAGUCUAUAAAGGUGAGAGUUACCAAAGAGCUGUUAAUCAAAUUGGUGUCUCAUAAAAUCACCUUCAGGAUCUGGGACACUAAAGACAUGAUGUCUGCUAAGGCCAGGUAUGACUGCCCAAAAGUCUUAAGGAUUCCACAGGCCAAACCAGGGGAAGACCAUGAGCUAGGUGGGAUAAAGAGCAUGGUGUACAAGCUGAGGUCAGGAUUUGAUAAGGAGAAAACUAGGACCAGAUUGCCCAGUAAGAGACAAGACACCAUAUCUACCGACUUCAAAAAGUUAUCUGAGCUCCACUGUUCUACAGUUGAGCCCAAGAUGUCCACUGUAGAUCUGUCAACCAUUGCGAAGGUUUUGUCCUCAACUGCCCUAACCCUAAAUACUGGAGUCAAUGAUGUCGAACAAUGUGGAGUGAGAUCAGUUGCACAAGAUCUGUUCUCUGAUGAUGUAAAGAGCACCAAACUUCACGGUCCAGUGGACAAGGAGGAGUCCACUUUGUCAAAACCAUUGCAGAAGAAAUCAGCUCUGGACCAGUCCUUUAAAGCUACCAAAGAAACUCACAAGACCACCAUCUGUGUGUGA